AUGGCUUCGAGGGGUGUUUGUGCGGUCGUGGGCUGCGGGCCUGGUAUGGGAGGCAGUGCUGCGGUCAAGUUCGCAAAGGAGGGCUACAAGAUCGCAGCCAUGUGCCGAACGGCUUCCAGCUUUGAGCCGACGGCUGCAAAGUUGAAGGAGAUGGGAGCCAACUACGCCUUCUUCGAGAUGGACGCCACUGACAAGGCCUCCAUCGCCUCGGCUUUUGGAGAAGCCGCCAAAGCCUUGCAGGGCCCUGUGGACGUGCUGGUGUACAACUGCGGCGGGGGCGGAUUCGGCAUCUCGAUCAUGGACAUCGAUCCUGAGACCUUCAAGAAGUCUUUCGACGCCUCCUGCGUUGGCGCGCUUCUCUGCUCCCAGGCAGUGAUUCCAGGGAUGCUCGCGCGAGAGGGCGGCGGAGAAUUCGCCGUGAAGAAGCGUGGUACGCUGAUCUUCUCGUCUGCCACAUCGGCCUUCAGGGGUGGUAGCGGCACGGCGCAGUUCGCAUGCGGCAAGCACGCUCUAAGGGCCUUAUCGCAAUCCAUUGCAAAGGAGUAUGGCAAGCAGGGAAUUCACGCCGUACAUGUCCGCUUGGAUUGUGUGUUGGAUACCCCUGGAUAUCAGAAGAAGAUGCCGGAGAUGUACGCAGCACACAAGAUGGGCUGCACGGACGACAUUGCGGAGACAUACUUUGCUCUGGCGCAGCAAUCGCCGCUAGGAUGGUCCAACGAGGUGGAUAUCCGACCCUUCCAGGAGGGAUGGUCCUGCUGA